UCAGUGAUGGUCCUUCUACCCAGUAUAGAAAUAAAUCGAUGUUUCACAUGUUUGGUUCGACCUUUGCGUCUUUGCUAAAUGUACAUAAAAUGGCUUGGCAUUAUUCAGAGGCAUCACACGGUAAAGGUGCCCCUGAUGGCAUAGGAGUAGUAAAACGGACGGCCGAUGCCAUUGUUGCUAAAGGUGAGGAUAUUCCAGACUUUUCAACCCUUGUGAAUAAACUGAAAGAAGCCAACUCCUUGAUUGAGAUAAUCCCUAUAAAGGAAGGAAGAAUACUGGAUUUUGACCAAUGCAUACCACAUGAUGUUGUGCCUUUCAAAGGUACAACAAAAAUUCAUGAAAUCACCUGGAUCAAGGGAAAAGACAGUAUGCAAGCAAGGAGACUAAGCUGUACAAUUUGCCAAUUUGAUGUGACAUGCUGCCAUUACAAGCUGGGAGAAAUUCCUCUUCUACACAUGAGACGAAAACCUUCAAAUUCACUUGAAAUCGCAGAAGGGAAUUCAAGCACCAAAGAAGAUGAUUGGAAGUUGGUAAAACCACCAAUUCGGCAUAAAUCUAUUUACAAAGAAGUAUAUACCAGUAGCAGUGAUGAAGAGGAAGAAGAAAAGACCACAUCCAAUCCCAGUUUUAAAACUCCUAAAAUGAAUGACUUUGUUGUUGUAAAAUGCUUAGGCAAAAAAAGUACUCAGCACUUUGUUGCUGUAAUAGAUGAAAUUAUCAAUAAUGAGGAAUAUAGAGUGUUUUUUCUAAAAAAAAACCGGAACUACAAAGUUCAGCUUGCCUGAGGAAGAAAAGAAACAGUUGUUUGAUAUAAAUAUUGAGGAUAUCUGUAACAAUACGCGUUAAGGUACGUUUACAUGGGAACAUGGCACGAGUUUACAAGCUAACAAGCCAGCUUUUUCGGCUACGGUAAAGUAUCGAUCUGGUGUAGAUCGUUAUAGAUACGGAUAGAUAGAUCUGAUAGAUCAAUAGAUACUAUACCGUAGCCAAACAAGCUGGCUUGUUAGCUUGUAAACUCGCCCCGUGUAAACGUACCUUCAUUGUUUUAUUCUGUUCUUAUUUUGCCAAUUUAUUCAAUGACAAAUAAAUGUUACCUACAACAUUAUUGUUUUAAUUAUUACAACUUUUGAUACCUUUUUCUUUGCAAACAUGAAAUGAAGGA